AAAGUUACUAAUUGUGACCCUAAACCAAUUUUAUCCGAAGAUAUACGACAGUACCCACUCUAUUUAAUACUGUUUCUGUUCGCUAUAUUUCAUGCUUGAAUUUAAAACAAUUGGAUAUGAUGCUUUGUCGCUAAUCUUAUAAAAACAUAGUUCGUGUGUCGCAUAGAUUUUCUAACCUAAAAAAAGCAUUAUGUACAAUAUUAUGUAUAAAACAUCGUGAGCAUCAAUAAUAUUAUAAUCUUUAUCAUGACAGAACAAGAAAUAAUGCCAGAUAUUGAAAUGGACGAAACUAGUGAUGCAGAUAGUGGUGAUGAUUGGAGUGAAACUAAUGAGGAUAUUCAAACUAUUAUAUGUCUUUUUUGUAAGGAUACUACAGAUGGAAUAACAAAUGCAUUGAAGCAUCUUGAAGUGCUUCAUAAUUUUGCUUUAAGAAAUUUUAUAACAAAGCAUUCUCUCGAUUCAUAUUCGUAUAUAAAAUUGAUCAAUUUUAUUCGUCAAAAGAACAUUCAACCUGAACAAUUAAAUACUUUAUGUAUAAAAGAUUGGCAGGACGAUGAAUAUUUAUAUCCUGUUAUAGAGGAUGAUCCAUUGUUAAUGUAUGAUAUCGAAGAUUUAGAAAACAAACCUGUAAACACUAUUAGUUACACUGUAAAUUCAGAGAAUGGGUGCGUUACUUUAUCGGAAGCACAUUUUGCUGAACUGCAAAGGACGAUUCAGACACUUAAAGCACAACUAGAACAACGUGAAUUAGCAUGCUUUUUAGCUAAACAGCAAGUAAACGAAAUGAUAGAAAAGGCACAAAAAUUAGUUUUGGAUGAUGAACAAGAAAAUAUAGAGGAAAUAAUUGAUAAAAAGCGCAGUUCACGCACAGAUGAAGGAUAUUUUAAUACAUAUAGUCAUUUUGCCAUUCAUCAUGAAAUGUUAACAGAUAAAAUACGAACCGAGAGUUAUCGUGACGCACUGUUUACAAAUUCCAUUAGAUUUAGUAAUUGUAUAAUGUUGGAUGUAGGUUGUGGAACAGGUAUCCUGUCUAUGUUUGCAGCAAAGUCUGGUUGUCGCAAAGUUAUCAGUGUUGAUCAGUCUGAUGUAAUAUAUCAUGCUAUGGAUAUUGUAAGAGAAAACAAUCUAGAUAACAUUAUUACAUUAAAAAAAGGUCGCUUAGAAGAUAUUACACUUGAAGAAGAAAAAGUAGAUGCAAUUAUUUCUGAAUGGAUGGGAUAUUUUUUGUUAUUUGAAGGAAUGUUAGAUACAGUCAUUUAUGCAAGGGAUCAUUAUUUAGUUGCUAAUGGUAUAUUAAUGCCAAAUAGAUGUUCAAUGAGUAUAGUUGGAAGUGGAGAUACACAAAGAUAUGUAGAUUUGAUUGAUUAUUGGUCCAAUGUCUAUGGUUUUAAAAUGAGCUGUAUGAAAGGUGAAGUUUUGAGAGAACCAAGCAUAGAAAUUUGUAGGUCUGAAUAUAUUAUAACUACUGCUGCUGAGAUUCAAACAUUUGACUUAUAUACAGUCACUACAGAUUGUGUGAACUUCUCAGCGCCUUUCAACUUAAUUGUGAAGAAAACUGGAUCAUUGACUGCAAUAAUUGGUUACUUUGACGUAUUUUUUGAUUUAGAAAAUUCUGUCAGUUUUAGUACUGGUCCAAAUGCUUUACCCACGCACUGGAAACAAACAGUAUUUUCUUUAAAAGAACCUAUUAGCAUAACUGAAGGUGAAAUUUUAAGUGGUAAAUUGAUAUGUCGCAGGCAUGUCAAAGAUGUUCGUGGUUUAAUCAUUACCAUCCACAUCAAAGAUAUUAGUCAAGUUUAUUAUAUGGAUUAGAUAUAAUAUAUGCUUUUGCAUUAUAAGUUUAUUCAAAAAUUUGUAUUUUUAUCGAAUUAAUAUUCUUAGUGUAUUUAUCCAA